GAGGCUAUAAAAGGCGGAGUGCGGGCAGGGGUGGGACAUUCCGGGAAACGGCGAGGCGGCGGCGAGCGGCGAUGGCGCGGGGGGCCCUGGCGCUCGGUGUGCUUGCGCUGCUGGCGCUGCUCGGCCUGGGGGCGGCCGCUGAGGCACCGAAGGUCGAAGUCUACGCCCGUUCACGCGCCGAGGAGGGAAAGGAGAACACCCUCCACUGCUUUGUCACUGGCUUUCACCCGCCCAAGAUUAACAUCACACUCCUGAAGAACGGGGAGCCCAUUCCCGGCGUCAAGUACGGGGACUUGUCCUUCAACGAGAAGUGGCAGUUCCAGCGCCUGGUCUAUGUGCCCUUCGUCCCCACAAGGGGUGACAGCUUCUCUUGCAGGGUGAUGCAUUCCACCAUGCCAGAGGCACGCGAUUACCUCUGGGAACCAGACUUCUGAGCUGUGUCUGGAUGAUCCAUGAUUUGAGACAUUCUUCUUACAAGUCAGCGUCCUCAAGCUUCUGUCUAUUCUUCAUCACAGCCACAAGACUGAUCAACUUUCUUGCAGAAAUUUGCUAAUAAGCCUUGUUAAAAAUAUCACCUAACCACAGCAUCAAGGAAGCCCUCCAGGCUUUUUGAACACGUAGCUAAAAAUGCCCGCAUUACUGCUUAAAAAACAAUGGUAACUCUUCACUGCUCAAAAAUUUGCAGGAUUUGCAUAAUAAACUGCUGGUCCUUAAAAUGUUCCUUCAUUUGACAAGUUGAUUUCACAGGCUCUGAUGGCCACUGGGUUGUGGGUGGGUAUGUAGCCUUGGUGGCAUGAUGGGCACUUGAGCUUUUUAUAUCCCACUGCGAAGAUGCAAGAACACUUUUCCAUCAAUAAAAAGAGAAUUAAAGAUA